AUACUGUAUUAGGAGUGGGUACGACAAUAACCAACGGGGCGGGGUGAUGAGUCCGACCGCUCUUUUCGUUGAUCUAUUGAGGCUCUAAAGAACUAUUAGAAGACGUCCGAUAAGACCAGGUUUUGCAAAAGGAGAAGAUUAAAACUUUCCAAGGGCGAACGAAAUUGCGGGCGUCCGUAGUAUAUUAGCUACAUAAAUAAAUACUUUCUUGAUAAUGUAAUAGGUAGUACCUACAAGUAUAUUGAAGAAGGAAAGAAUCUAAAAAAAAAAGGUUUCAUAAUCUUGAACUAAGCUGAAACUUGAAACUCAAAAACUUUUUUAUAAUAUCUAUCAUAGAUUUCUUGUCUUGUACAUAUCUACCUACCUACAUACCUACAUUGCGGAUCGUUAUUUAGAAUACCCAUCAUGUAAGUACCCAUACCCAUGUCGUAGUUCCAAAAACAUUCAACGUGCAUCAAAUAAAUAAUUUAAUUUAAUUGAUAGGGCAUGAAAAUAAUGGAUGAAUAUAGAUGAUUUUUCAUUAAAAAGACUAUUUUAUUAGAAGCUCCAUGCAUACGUAUGAAAUCUAUGGAAAAGGAAUAGAUUAAAAACUUGAGAACCUGGAGCACAACAUUUUUUUGUCAAUGUCGUAUGUCAUUUGUCAGAAGAAACAUCAAAGUCAUAAUAUUGUCAACUUGUCAAACGCAAUUGCCAACUUCGUUAGACAUUUGAAGUUUGUAUCUGUCAGCUGUCUUUAUUUUGAAGCCCGUCCCGCCAGUUCGUGACGCAGGGUUCCCAACUUAGGGGUUUUCCCCCAGAUUUAGGGGGCAAAUAAGUGAAAUGGGAUUUUUUUAGGGGUCUGAAAUUUUUAGGGGUAUUUUCAGGGAUUUUUUGACUCUUUAAUAUUUUUAAAUUGAUUCUUUCUUGGCCUAGCGACUUAUAACGACAUAUAAUACGUUAUUCUACAACCACUCUGAGGCAAUUGGAGGCAAUUUUCAUCGAAUAAAAAAAAUUGGUAAAUUUAUUCAUUGUCAACAUGUAUGAUUUCAAAAAAUCUGAAUCUUCAGAUAAAGACGUAGUAUUUUGUCUGUAUUAAAUAUAGACUUUUGAAACAUAUGACAGCAUAUUAUUUCUAAAUUUUUAUGAAUUUAUAUUUUUUAGGGGGACAACUCAAUAAUUAAGGCGAUUUUAGGGGUUUUUGACACCAACUUUAGGGAUAAAUAUUUUGGAGAGUUGGUAACACUGUCGUGACGUCUGUGAAACGCAUUUCCAAACAGCUGCUUGAUUGCGGACGUUAUUUUUAUUUCCUGUCCACAUGUAAUAGAAUCGUCAUCGGUAUUCGGUAGAUAUGAGACGUUCACUUCUUGCCGGGUUGAGAGUUCACAGCAAUUGUGCAACAAUAUACAGAAAUACGAGCAAUAAGACUGUAAGAAGAGAAUUGAGUGCAAGUGCAGUUAUGAGUGACAAAUUCAAGCUCCCUGCGCGGUACGGAGCCGGCGAAAAGAGUGUAUGGGUGGAAUACAUUCAGCUGGCAGCAGAAUACAAACCUGCGGUUAACCUGGGGCAAGGCUUUCCCGACUACCAUGCUCCUGACCAUGUCACUAAAGCUCUUGCCAAUGUUGCAACCGGAGAGAACCCACUGUUCAACCAGUACACAAGAGGAUUUGGUCAUCUUAGGCUGGUGCAAAAUCUCGCUAAACUGUACUCACCUCUGGUAGGUAAAGAGUUGGAUCCUAUCAAUGAGAUCUUAGUAACAAACGGAGCAUAUGAAGCAUUAUUUUCAGCAAUCCUUGGUCAUGUGGACGAAGGUGACGAGGUAAUAAUAAUAGAGCCAUUCUUUGAUUGCUACGAAUUCAUGAUCAAAUCAGCGGGAGGCGUGCCUAAGUUUAUUCCCUUGAAGCCUAAACCCAGCCAAGAUGGAAAAGAAAUGACCUCAGCAGACUGGGUGUUAGAUGAGAAAGAGUUGGCAUCUCUAUUUGGCAGUCGCACCAAGAUGCUGAUACUGAACACUCCUCACAACCCGGUGGGGAAAGUGUUCACAGCGCAGGAGUUGCAGACGUUGGCUGAUCUGUGCAAGAAACACAAUGUGCUGUGCAUUUCUGAUGAGGUCUAUGAGUGGAUGGUUUAUAAGCCACAUAAGCACAUAAGGAUAGCCACGUUGCCCGGCAUGUGGGAGAGGACCAUCACGAUCGGCUCAGCUGGCAAGACGUUCUCGGUGACCGGCUGGAAGACCGGCUGGGCGUACGGACCGGCUGACCUCAUGAGGAACCUGCAGGUGGUGCACCAGAACUGCGUGUACACGUGCUGUACACCUAUACAGGAAGCCGUGGCGCGUUCCCUCGAAUUCGAACUAGCUCGGUACGACUCCCCGGAAUGUUACUUCUUCUCCCUGGCAGAGGAGCUGGUAUCAAAGAGGGAUUAUCUGGUGAAAAUACUUAAGGAAAAUGGAUUCAAACCCGUUGUACCUGACGGAGGUUACUUCGUCAUGGCAGAUUGGACUAAACUUGAGAAUAAGAUCGACCUAUCUACGGAGCCGGACAGGAACAAAGACUACCGCUUCACCAAGAAGUUCGCCAAAGAGGCGGGCAUACUCACCAUCCCGCCCACCGCCUUCUACUCGGCGGACCAUAGACACGUGGGCGAGAGUUAUACGCGAUUUUGUUUUAUUAAGAAAGACGAAAACCUUCAACUGACUGAGAAACUUCUUAAAGAAUGGAAUGCAAAGAAAAACUAGGUUUGGUAUCAAAUAAUCUACAUAAUACUUUGCAGGUGAAUAUCACAAACCUACGCUUAAGUUUUUAACGUGUCAACAAAUAAAAUAAAUUAUUAUCAUGAAUUUAAUUCAUAAUAUCGGUUAUGAAUGUAACUCGAUCAAUUUAAUUGAAUUCAAUUGCUGCAUCCACAGCUCAAUGACUUGAAUUCAUAUAACCCAACCAAAGAAUUUAAUUGAAAUCAUAUUUUAUUCACAAUUCAAUUGAUUGAAUAUUCAUAGCGUCCAAACACCAUGGGCACUUUCAAAAUUGCUUUGUGAUUGUUUAUGGUAAAUUUUCAAUUUAUUUAUGUUUUAUAAACAUUUAAUUUAUGAUACAACAUAUAUGUUUGAUGUUGUAUAGAAUCCGUUCUGUAAUUGACAAAUAAUAUGUAGUUUAAAACAAAUAAAAUGUAACACUACCAUAAAUUUAAUUCUUAGAAUUUGGCUAAUGAAAGUAGAGACAGAAAUCGCCAGCCAAAUGAAAAAAAAUAAGUUGGUUCCAAAUGGAAUAACUGAGUUUAAUACUUAUAUGUAACAAACAAAAAAAUAAUUUUAAAAAAUUAUGAAAACGCAUAGUUUGUUUUAAAUAAACCGUGAUAGCCCAGUUGAAUAUGACCUCUGCCUCCGAUUCUGGAGGGCGUAGGUUCGAAUCCAGUCCGGGACAUGCACCUCUAACUUUUCAGUUGUAUGCAUUUUAAGUAAUUAUCACGUGUCUCAAAUGGUGAAGGAAAACAUCGUAAGGAAACCUGCAUGAAAUCUGCCAAUCCGCAUUCGGCCAGCGUGGUGGACUAUUGGCCUAACCCCUCUCAUUCUGAGAGAAGACUCGUGCUCAGCAUUGCGCCAAAUAUGGGUUGAUGAUGAUGAAAACGCAUGUUUUUUAAUUUGUUUAAAUGAUUUUUUAAAUUCAUUAGCCAAAUACUAACUGCAUAUACAAGUCAAUAAAUUGAAUUCAUACGGUGUAAAUAAAUGUUGCUUACUGAUAAACAUUAUCUUUGAUAUUAAACUGGCUAAUAUUAUAAUUUUUAAGUGCCUAAUUAUCUUAAUUUAAAUGUUUGUUAUCUAAACUGUAUAUAUUUAAUUGCAAAUAAGUAUGAACUCAGUGAAAAAGAACAAAACAAUGUAAACAAAUUAAUUACUAUGCAUUUUUUACGCAAAUUAAGUGUUAUAUUUAAGUAAAUGUACCUAUAUUUUAUUACUAUUUUAAAUACAUGAAAUGCAAUUUUGA